CACUCACACCUAGUCUUCUUUCACCAUCAUAAUGCUUUCGACCACUGCCCGCGUCCGCCGCCCCCUCACCCUCGUCGCUCGCUCGCUCUCCACCGAGACCGUCUCCGCCGGCUCGCAGCUUCCCCCACCCCCGCUCCCGUCCAAGCACCCUAAGCCUGCGUCAAGAUCACUUCUCGGCCCUACUCCCCGCCCCGCACACAGGCCUGCCCGCCGCCAGGCCCUCGCACAUCUGCCCCCGUCGUUUGGGCGCAACCAGCUUCUCCCAGUAGCCGAUUCCACGCGCGCGCUGCUCGAGAGCAUCGUCGCCCAGUUCAAUGCGCCCAUCCGGUAUGCGUUCGCCUACGGCAGCGGCGUCUUCGAGCAGGACGGCUACGGCCAGAACGAGAAGCCGAUGCUCGACUUCAUGUUCGCCGUCACGCACACCGCGCACUGGCACUCGAUCAACAUGAACCAGUUCCCGGGACAUUACCCGCUGCACGCGCGGGUCCUUGGCUCUGGCUUUGUCUCGCGCGUGGAGGAUAUCAGCCCUGGCGUAUGGUUCAACACGCAUGUCCCAGUCGAUGGCGUCACGAUCAAAUACGGUGUAACGACCGUGGACAACAUGUGCUCAGAUCUGCUCAAUUGGCGCACGCUGUACCUUGCAGGGCGUAUGCACAAGCCCGUGCGCAUCAUCAAGGACGAUGCGCGCGUGCGGCUUACGCAGCAAGUCAACCUGACAUCAGCGGUGCGCACGGCGCUGCUGACGCUGCCCGAGACGUUCACGCAACGCGAGCUGUUUGCGCGAAUCGCUGCGCUCAGCUACACAGGCGACGUGCGGAUGGCGCUACCCGGCGAGAACCGCAGCAAGGUGGACAACAUCGUCGCGCGGCAGCAAGCGCAAUUCCACGAAUUGUACCACAGACUUGUCGUCGCGCUGCCAGGCGUGCACUGGCCCGCGCACAUGGAGACGAUCCAACAGGACACGAGCGCGCACGCGCGCGCGGCGCACCUGCGCAAGCUGCCGUCGAAUCUGCUCAAGGGCGUGACGGCCCACUAUGCGGGCGGGAUGCCCCCGAAAGAGGCGGACGAGAGUGUAUACUGGACGAAGCUCGCGGGAGACGAGAAGCUCCCACAAGUCAUCGAUCGGGAGAUCUACAGCCUCGUGCGGCAUUCGUCGACGGUACAGAGCGCAAAGGGCCUAGUGAGCGCAGGCCUCGUCAAGAGCGUGCGCUACUCGGCCGAGAAGGUCGGGAAGUGGUGGCGGUCGAGGGGCGCGAGCGCGGGCAGCUCGUAACAUGGCAUCACAGGGUGGAACAUAGAGGCAUGGCUAAUUUACACCGACACGCAGUCGACAUUGUAUCCAUUAUUGCUCGUGCAUAUAUAAUCAUCUCACUGCUCCGGGCU